UUGGCCUGGAGCCCGUCUCAGCGCCGACACUUCUCCACUCCAGCAAGCCUCCGACCCGCCGAGCAAAAUGGGAAAUGAGGCAAGUUAUUCUUUGGAAAUGUGCUCAAACUUUGGUGCAGAUGAAAUUAAAACGUUAGGAAAAAGAUUUAAGAAGCUUGAUUUGGACAGUUUUGGUUCUUUGAGUGUGGAAGAGUUCAUGUCUCUGCCUGAGUUACAACAGAAUUCUUUAGUACAGCGAGUAAUAGAUAGAUUCGACACAGAUGGAAAUGGAGAAGUAGAUUUCAAAGAAUUUAUCCAGGGAGUCUCUCAGUUCAGUGUCAAAGGAGAUAAGGAGCAGAAGUUAAGGUUUGCUUUUCCUAUUUAUGACAUGGAUUAGGAUGGCUAGAUUUCCAAUGGGGAACUCUUCCAGGUGUUGAAGAUGAUGGUGGGGAGCAAUCUGAAAGAUACACAGUUACAGCAAAUCGUAGACAAAACCAUAAUAAAUGCAGAUAAGGAUGGAGAUGGAAGAAUAUCCUUUGAAGAAUUCUGUGCUGUUGUAGGUGGCCUAGAUAUCCACAAAAAGAUGGUGGUGGAUGUGUGGCUCUUUUUAAAGAGUACCGCCCAACACUUCUGCUUUCUUAUCCAUCUCUGAAGAUCUGCUCAAGAUGCCCAGCAAUGCUCUCUGUGUAUUUAAAUGGAAGCAUUUUUCUCUCUGAAGCCACGUUUUCCAACAUGAGCCUCAUGAAGCCAACCAAGUGUUAUUGAACUCUUACUCUCUGAAUAACUCAGUGUAGCACUUUACAGUCUGAAGAACAGCAGCAUGAAAAGAGCAUAUCAGUGUGGUGGAGAAAGGGAAGGGGUUGGCUUUUUAAUUUAUUUUUCUUCAUGUUUUAUAACAAGAAAGUAUUUAUACAUAUGUAAAUAUUUAUAUGUAGAUAUAUGUAGCUUUCUAUGUAUGUAGUAGGUUGGCUUUAAUUUAAUAUACUUUGAUUCAGAAACAAAAUAGAGUAAAAGUGCCAAGCAGAACAUAAAACAUCCUUACUUUUAUUUCACACAGUUUUUUUGUUUGUUUGUUUUUGUUUUUAUUUCACACAGUUUUAUAUAUAGAUAGGAGAUUGUACAAUUUGAGCCCGGUGUUAGGCCAGCUGUUUUCCUUUUCCUGUGCUUUCUCCUUUGAGAGAGUGACAAAGCAUUUGUUAAUGUCUUAUUAUUUACCUUAAUUAAAUUUUUGUAACAAAGGAGUCUGUAACUUUAUUCAUACUUAAGAAUAUAUUUCCAGGGACUAGGUCUCACUGCUGAGCAGCUUUUAAUAUGCCUCUCCUUGAGGAGAAAGUAUAGUUCAGCGCUACUGCCAAGAGCUAGUUCUUGUGUGCACGUGAUAACUGCACAGUGCUUAUGGCUGCUUCAUUCUGUUACUUUACAACUAGGAGCCAUUGCAUUUAUUGAAUGUCCCUGAGUAAGUGUAAGUU